ACAAGAGACCGACCUAGGAUCAGCUGUUCUCAUGUUUAACUGGAUAGAGUACUUGGUGUUUGGGACGAUGUUGUUGCUAUCACUGCUGAUCGGGGUCUACUUUGGGUGGAUCAAAAAGCAGGACACGGUGGCAGAGUAUUUGUUGGGUGGGAAAAAGAUGGGCGUCUUCCCCGUUACAAUAUCCCUAGUAGCCAGCCACAUAUCAGGUAUAACAUUGCUUGGCGUGCCAUCGGAAGUAUACGCCUACGGGACUCAAUACGUAGCCAUAUUCAUCACCAUUGUAUGCGUUUAUUUGAUAAUCUACUAUUUGUACCUACCAGUAUUCUUCCAUCUACAGUUGAACUCAGCCUAUGAGUAUUUGGAGCUCAGAUUCAGCAAAGGCACGAGGACUCUAGGAUCGUUAAUAUUUUCCAUCUCUCUCAUAAUUUUCAUUCCUAUAGUGAUCUACGUUCCUGCAUUGGCUUUUAAUCAAGUGACUGGAGUUUCUGUUCAUCUAAUAAGUUUGAUCACCAGCCUCAUUUGCAUCUUUUACACUUUGUUUGGAGGCCUGAAGGCAGUAGUGUGGACUGAUACCCUUCAAGGGAUGUUUACCCUUACUGCCAUGUCUCUGAUCCUCAUACUUGGCUACUUGAAAAUCGGAAGUUUUCACGAAAUUUGGAGGAUCAACCAGGAAGGAUCUCGACUGGAACUGUUCAACUUGAAUCCGAGCCCAUUAGAGCGCAACACUAUAUGGACGGUGUCUAUUGGAUCAACAUUUGCUUGGUUGUCAAGCAUCGGGAUCCAUCCAGGAGCUUUGCAGAGGUUUAUUGCUGUUGCAACCCUCAAAGAGGCAAAGAGAGUCAUAGCUUGGGGCUGUGUGGGAUUUGCUGUGGUACAAGCCCUUACCAUCCCAAUGGGACUUCUACUGUACGCGUACUACCACGACUGUGAUCCACUAGCUACAAAGAUGAUACGGAAGACCAGCCAGAUCCUGCCGUACUAUGUGAUGGACGUAGCCAGGGACUUCCCGGGUUUAACAGGACUAUUCAUAUCUGGAGUGCUCAGUGCUGCUCUCAGCACGAUGUCCGCUGGUCUCAACACGGUAGCUGGUACGCUGUACGAGGACUUUGUCCAGUUUGUGUUGAAGGGAGAGAAGUUGUCUGAGGCCUCUCAGUCCCUCAUACUCAAGGUCAUUGUGCUGGUGCUGGGUCUGCUCUGUGUGGCGCUGGUCUUCAUUGUGGAGAAACUCGGAGCUCUCUUUCAGAUGGCGAUCAGUUUACAAGGCAUUUCAACUGGAGCACUUCUUGGACUGUUCAGUUUAGGCCUUCUUUUCCCACGUGCAAAUGCCAAGGGAGCGGUUGCUGGGGCAUUGAGUAGCCUACUAGGAAUGGCUGUCAUCAUCGUUGGAGCUCAAUGGUACAUAAUGGAGAAACAACUACGGUUCCCUGGUAAGGUGACCAGUGUGGAUGGAUGUCCGGAAGAUCUCAUCGCUUCUUUAGGAUUCAAUGCUUCAGCCAAUGCACAGACAUGGACCGGAUUGGGAACUCCGGUAGAGGCAGAUGAUUCAGUACCUAUCAUCUUCAAGAUCUCCUACAUGUACUAUUGCAUGGUCGGGACGCUGAUAGUGAUCGUAGUUGGUCUCUUGGUCUCUUAUCUGACUACUCCCCAGGAUCUCUUAUCUCUGGACCCGAAUCUCUUCUCACCCCCUGUACGAAGAUUCCUCCCCCAGAGACGGAGAGAGACUGUCAAACCAGCCAAAGAGGAGUAUACUCUUGUCAACACAGAUCCAGCGGGGAAAGAUGGCCAAUAUGUACACGAAAGUCAAAAUAUCGGAGCAUAA